AUGAGGUUACAACUGAGUGCGGCUGCCGUCGUGAGACAAGCUGAGUUUUAUUCGGAUCGUUUGUACGAAACGCUGAGCUCAGAAGGACAUCUUUUGGCCGAAACUCAAGUUGAAGAAAACUUGUUUCUGGUGAAGGUGUAUGUUUGGCUUACCAUAAAGCCAAAAACGUGCGUAUUGCCAAUGCUUUUACAUGAUGCUCCAAGUGCGAGCACUUCAAAAGCCGGAGUUGGCGAUGGCGCGAUUGCCAACAGAUCCAAAUUAGUUCGUAAUGAGAAAAGUCGAAGAUCAGCUGUUCCGCACCAACAGCCUGAUCCAGAACAGCCGUCAGCAGGAUCUCGCGAGCUUUUCUUAUGCAACAGAGCUGGAGAAGUGCAUCAGACAGGUGGUCGCGAAAGAGUCGCCAUUUCUCGAAAGGGACCGAAGCAUUGUUCAGCCUUUACAAACGUCAAUAAGAACGUUGAUGGGAGCGUUACGGUCUCGGCAUGCUUCGGGCAUGCGGGGCAUGACCUCAAUCCAGCAUUACUCAGGCUUUUGUCUGCAGAAGAAGAAUAUGUGAAACAUAUGAUUGAAGAGUUUACAUUUGAUUACAUUGUCAAGAAAUUGCGGGAACUCAAUAGUCCAGAAAAAUCAAGACUGUUUUACAUGAACAAACAAGAUUUAUGGAAUAUUGUAGUAAAAUACGAGCUGCGACCAGGAUGUCGUGAUGACAAUGACAUAAUAUCCUUGAAAAAGCGAUUGGAGGGACGCAACAACGAUGACGGAAUUCGGCUUUUGAACCUUCCACAAAAUGCAAGUGGUGCCGGAUUCAUGGCUGGUUUGUGCAUGAAACUGCUUGUUUUUUUAGUUUACGCUUUUUCGGUUAUUAUUACUCCACUGCAAGAGCAGUGGUCAAGUGAUUAUGCUCACCCAGGUGUCGCUUUGGAUGACACCUUUAGCAUCACCCGUUACAAUCUACGUUUAGCAGCUUUGAUGGUUGCAGAUAAGAAAGAUCGGGGAUUACCUGCAGGUAAACAACUUCCACUGCACUGCCUACGAGAAGGGAUAUUUUCAGCAUUUCUUCUAUCAAAUACGAUGACUGUGGAUGAGGUCAAAAUCCUUUUCGAACAAGUCAAGAGGGCAGUCCCAGACUUCAACCCGAGGGUCUUUCUCUCUGAUGAGGCUUUAGCUUUUUAUAACGGGUUCAAAGCCGCGUUCCCGGAGAGUAGACCAACUUACUGCUUUGUCGCUUUCAUAUAUUGCAAUCCUGGAUGA